AUGGAUCUUGUGCCAGUCAUCAUUGACCUCACGCAUGUAGGUGGUCAAUACUUUGCUUACCACAUGCCCAGGCACUGGGAUGCAGCCACAUUACUUGCGAAGUUUCAAACAGAGCUUGAUGUGGACCCGGACCAGGUGAACGUCCUAGUAGGUCCCACCUACCGACACUGCCCUGCAACAGAGCUUCUCAGCCUUUGCGCAGGACAGGCAGUUUUGGUCCUCCGGGCCACGAUACAGCCACCGCCUCCGUUUACGGGUUAUGGUUGCAUUGGCCAGUUGGAGACACGUGGUGCCCUGUCAGACCUCCCUGUGUCUCGCAAUCACAGCAAUACUGCGGUUUGGUUCCGGCAGCAAAUGCAUGUCCUUAACCCUAACUUAUUUCCAGGGCAGGACGUUACUGCAGUUCUCGCCACAAGAUACCGUACCUCCGAGUCCUGCCUCCACGUCACCAGUACACAAUACAUGCCCGAUCUUUCGGUCUUGGGCAGCCCAUGCGCUGCAAUAUGUGUCGUCGAGGAGACAGCAACGGAAGGCUUGUCUCACCCAGGUGCCGACCCCACAGACCCCCGUCAGGCUGCCGUCCUAUGUGACUUAAGACCCAUGGGCCUUCCACCACAAGUAGUCCAUGUUGAGGCACAUGAUGCGGCCUUCACUCAGGUAUGGCAGGCCUUAGCACUGCCCAGCCUUCCAGGCUGGCAAAUUCGUAUUGGUGAUCGGCCUGACAGUUGCAAUCAGCAUUCGGUAGGCAUGCCUUAUUUGUCAAUUCAGGCUGUUGCUAGCAGGGACCCGACGCCCAUCAUUGUUCCAGGAGCCUCUGUUAACGGUUUGCAUUAUGGCUCCAACGAGUUGGCUCUUCAAAGGUCAUCACGGCAAACUGCCAUACAGAGGUUCCGGCCACACAGGCGCCCACACACACAGGUUGCUCCUGCUUCCGACUCUGAUACCAGCGACAACGGGUCCCAGCACAACAUGAUUGAAGGUCAGGUCCUGGUUCUGACGCUAGGAUACAUAGGCAAGGUCUUUGACAUUGAACUAAGGGCCCCUGCCACUGUUUCCGAGUGUAUCGAGGCUGUACGUCGGGAGGUGCCCAGUGGCCUCUAUGUUUACUUCCCCAACCUUGUUGAAGUCAAACCCCAAUUAUCAGACCAAUGGGCCACCGUUCUUGCACUACCUUGUUGGACAGCGGAGGCCAGCAUCGUUGUACUUGACUUAAGCCAGAUCGACGGACGCAUUUUUGCCGCCGAGUUCCCGGCCGAGGGCACUCACGCCAGCCUGUGUGCUUUGGCACGACUCCCUGCGGGAAGUGCCUUCGACAUAUAUGCGUAUGGUGCCACGAUCCCUCUUCUCGAGGAGGGCAUACUACCAGCAGUACCGCAUGGCAGCAUACAAUUCGUGCCUGGCGGCGAGGCCCCAAUGCACACCCCGUCUCUAGCUAGCAUGCUGAGUUCAGCCGAUGGCUGGGACCCAGAGGCCCACAUACCCAGGGGACCUGGGGGACAUCGGGGCCCCUUUCUCUGUGCAGUCCUCGAAGACGGGAACCGGUUAUAUCAGAUAAAGCCAAGUAAAGGCCAGCACUACACCGACGACCUUGCAGCAGAGUUCGGCAUUGCCCCACACUGGACCACAGCCCAGAUCACCUACCCACGUGUCCAUGAUGCCGGUUUUUUGGGAUAUCGUUGUAGGGGCAUAGCUCUGAUCUCUGCGCUCUUUCCCAACGUGCCGGUCCCGCCCGCACGUGCCACACCGGGCAAUUUUCUCAUUGCUCUGGAUUGCCGGGCCUUGUUUCAAGGUUGGCACCAAUAUCUCGUACAGGACUACAUAUGUUCCCGUUCCGACAUCUCCAGGCGCUUUCAGGUCUUUGCACCGGCAGGAUUUCAAGUCCAAAUUGAUGGGGUGGGUCUCUCCGAUGAUGGUGAUAACAUAGUGGUUACCAAGGGCCAAAUCCUGACCGUACACUGGGUACCUCAAGAAGCAGAACCCGGCAGCGAUGAUGAUUGUCACUCCGCAGGGCGAUCAUCUCAAUCUGUCGGCGACCUCUCUCCAGCCUCCUCAGCAGAGGCUCGUCCACUCUAUGGACAGCCCAGUCCUUCGGCCCGCGACCGCAGUCGCUCACCUUCCAGACCAGGCUUUUCGAGUCGGAGCUUGGCAUGUCACCGCUCAUAUAAGGGGCAGUACACUGCAUCUCCUCUCAAGCUUGCCUGGCCCCCAUGGCUACGGCCACUUGGACCUGACAAGUUCCUGACCAGGCUACCUGCCUGUUCGGAGUCAGACUAUUGUGCAUACGCUCAGAACCUCGUUGAGCUCACAAUACCUCAGGUACAGCACAAGUUACUCCAGGAGCCUCACUCUUCAAGGCCUUCUCUGCGGUGGGCUCUGGCCGCAGUCCGUGCAAUUGCACAAGACAUGGGCCAGCCCUGGCGGUAUAUUCCUCACGAGGAUGCCGCUUUUCUGGACUUGAAUGGCUCCCCAGAGACCUCUGAGGCCGAUACUGAUGACGUAAGAUGGGUAAGCUGCCUCGUUGUCACGCCGGACUACAAGUCCGAAGCGCACACAAUUGCAGUAAGGUUUCCCAGUUCUGUAGCAGACAUCACUAUAGCGCUGGCCAUUGCUAGACAGCCUAGAAUGAACCAAUGGUUCCCCUCCUUGAUCCCCGCCCACCCCCAGACUCUCGUGGGCACAGGGGUUUGGUUGGCCUGUCCAGCUUUUCAGCCUACAGCCAAUCUGGUUUGUCUAGACACUUCAGCCAUAGAUGGUAGAGUGUUUGCCCGCGAGGCUCCGCAGUACGCAGACAUUUCCCAACUACUCGAGCUCGCACAGGUCCCUGAGACCAUCCGCCCUACCGUCUGGACAGGUUGGCCAUUGGCGCAAUUAGAUGCCACGGCCCAGGUACACAUCCUAUCGGGCGCUACCUUCGUCUUCAUGGCCUACGGCGAGGAACCAGAAGAGGCUCAUGCGCUCGAUGCGCUUCUCGACUGGCCGGACUGGUGGCACGAGUCAGGCAGCGCGCAUACACCAACACUUGGCAGCACCUAUGGUGUUGUGCAUGGGUCGCGUAAUCUCCCCUUCGUUGCAGACAUGCGCGUUCCUGCUACCUACAGACGCCAGCUUGCGCAAUGCAUUGACGUUGCGGCUGGCGUAGCCUUCCUAUUUCUGGUGAAUGCAUUUCGCUUUGCAGGCUUCUCCAGCAACAGCAGGCCAGGCCAGGUUUUUGUCUUGGCCCCAACAUCGGAUCCUAUUGCCCAUCCCUCCUCGGCAGCUGACUCAUCAUCGACGAGUCUGCCACAUAACCCACCUAGCAGUGUGAGCGAUGAUGCUGGCUCAGCCGAUGUUUUGGAUUCUCUGGCAGUGCCACCGGGCCAUCCUGUGCAAGUCGGUGACCACAGCAGUGAACCGGAUGUUACCUCCCUGGCAGGCGACUUCAGAUUGGGUCGAUUUCUCAUCUUUGCCGUUGAUUUCGCCCCGGAAGCGCUUGAAGUUCCCGUUCCUCGGGCCGGCAGUGUACAUGGGACCCUUCAGGUUUUGGCUGCCUUUCGGGACAUUGACGCUAGCACCCGUGCUCCACGGCUUUUACCCGUUAGCCAUCAACACCGCCAUGAUGUUGGAUUCCUGUUGGCCCUCCCGCUAUGGGACACGUCCAGGAUUGUGGUCUUGUUCCACGACCUUGUCAAUGGUUACGAAGGUGAUGAGCCCUACCUUGUUUUCAUCCGAGAUUCAGUCUGGCCACUCGCGAGCGCCCAUACUGUAACCUUGCGCCACGGUGAUCUGGUCACGGUUACUACCGUCGAACAAGGCCCCGGACGCGUGCAAACUCUGGCAGAUAUCCUAGCACAUACUAUGGUCGGUGAUCCCUCACUGUCCCACUUCGUCUUGCCAGGACAGCACGAUGACGUGCUUCUUCUUCUUUCAGACAAUCAUCCUAUGGACUUCCCUAUUGACAGAGCGCGCACUGCCGCACUGCGCCAUGACAUAGGCCAAGCCCUCCAGGCCUGCCCUGCCCGGAGUCACGAAUCUGAUGAUACGUCCUUUUCUUGCCUCGGAGCUUUGAUGGGAGACAGGCCAGGCCCCUUCGUGAUGGGAGCACCGCCUCAGCAAGGUAUCACGGCUCCGAAGGCACCUUUCCCCCUGACACGACCAGACACUCUCCUGGCACUGGAGCAGGGUCUCAACCAGUGCCAGGACGUCCAUUGCCUGGACACAACACUCAGUCUGCAGCCACAUGCCAUGUCACGGCGCGGAACACAGCGGUCGCCAGAACCGGUCGCCCCAGCCUGCCCGGGCACAAGUUCAGUCGAUCGAGUAGCCAUGUGGCCAGCGCAUUGCAAGCCUCCCGUCUGUCCUACCGGACCUGCGCUGGACACCCCUGUCCUCUCGACUGACGGUGCGCUAUCUCUCAAUGCACUUCUUCCUACCCCGACGGAGGACAGCCAAGCCACACCUGACUGGUUAGAUAGUGACCUCAGUUUUCUCAUCGCCGAUGUUCAAGUGCCUUCGGCGAAGCGCUCUCAGUUCGCCAACAUCCAGUCAUGGCAUCUCAUGCCCGACCACACUUUGCUGCAGGCCCUCGUCGUCUAUACUGACGGGUCGGCACCAGGAGCGAAGCCCGAACAUGGCACACUUACAUGUGGCUCUUGGGCCUUCUCUGUCUGGGCGCAGAUCCCACAAGGACACUGCCUGGUUGGGCACGCCAUGGCCCUUACACAGGCGUGGCUCUGGCUGGCUGGCCGGCAUAGCCCGAAUGUCCCGACGCUUUUCUCCUUGGAAAGUGUCACCGCCACCGAGGUGGGUGAGCCUCUGGUCCAGGCCAUCUCCUUUCUGUCCUAUAAUGUUCUUACCCUCAUGGAGACUCGAAUCAGUUCAACAGAAGUUCUCCCUGAUGCCGACUACUGGAUGAUCCACUCGGCUGCAAGUGCAGAUGGACACCACGGCGUCGCACUCUGGAUAAGCCGCAAUGUGCCCUAUGCAGUCUGUGGCAAAAAGAAGUGGUUUUUUGCAAAAGACCAUUGUACUGUCACGGGCUACUCGCCCCGCCACUUGAUCGUCCAGCUCAAUGCUCCCCACCUGUGCUGGACUGUUUUAGUGUGCCAUGGGCCAUCUGAGCCUCCCGCUGCCUCCGGCACUGCUGCUGCUUUCUGGAACAUGUGCCGACGUGACCUUGCCAAAAAACCUAAGCACUCUGAGCUUAUUGUUUUGGCAGACGCCAAUGCCCACUUGGGGUCCAACUGCUCGGCCUCUGUGGGUAGUGUUGCACCGGAGAUUGAGACAGCCUCCGGCACCGCAUUCCAUGAGUUCUUGGCAGAGCACGAGCUUUUCCUACCAGCCACGUUCCCGUCUGUACAUGCCGGCCCUUCGCAUACUUGGGUCACAGUCUCCGGCACGAGCCAUCGACUGGAUUACAUUGCCGUGCCACAGCAGUGGCCUCUCGACAGUGUCUCUUCUACCGUGCACUAUCAGUUCGAAAGUUUGCAACUUAGUGUUGACCACUAUCCUGUGCAGCUGACUUGUAGUCUUACUGGACGCAGUCCCGACGCCGACUUUUCCACCUUCCGGCGCAAGGCCGUCCGGCCUGUUGCCAGUCGGCCCAAUACAGGAUAUCUCUGCGCCUUGGCUACGUUCACCCACAGCGCGGAUAUGCAAUGGGACGCACAGGUUGACGACCAUUUUGCUGCCCUGAGCAGCGCAUGGGCGUACAUACAGCAAGAUACCCUUGCACUGGUGCAUCAGCGGCAACAGAUUGCCACCCUGACUCAACAAUUGGACCGGGCUGGGGCGGAUAUCCGCCGCCUCAUUAAGCGAGACCGCGUUGAGUACCUGCAUUCCCUCGUGAAACGCGCUUUCCCUGCGGCUUCGGCACAGCGACGUCAAACUUUCCAGCCAGUGCCUGCCAUUCAGGAUGCCAACGGAGAGCUCGCGGAUGGUGAGCCCAUUGAUGCUCAGGAUUACCCGGCCCGCUUUGCCCAACAACGAGAGUUACUGCAGCUCUCCCCUGCGGCCUCCGCACGCGUUCUAGCGCAUGCGGCACUUCAAUGUAGCAAGUUCCGGGCUAUACUCUUGUCUUCCGUGCCGGGCAAGCUCUACCACCGCCAUAUUAGGAGCUGCCUUUGCAAUCAUCUCCCGGCCGAAGACUUGCAAGCCGGGGCCGUUCCAGGGAUAGGGACCGAGGCCAUCGCCCUUGCAGCCCGGGUCUUUCAAGUCACGGCGCAAGCACGCCGACGGUCCUGGGGACUGGUUUUUUACGAUGUCAAGGCUGCGUUCUAUCGAGUUAUCCGCCAGCUUGUCGCACCAGCCAGCGAUGACGACCGUCAUAUCCGUAAGUUCUUCCACGUCCUGGGAGUUCCCCCAGUGGCACUGCAUGAGCUUGCGGACCACCUCUCACGACUGGCAGCGAUUCCCAGAGCAGGUGCUAGCCCACAUCUGACGGCAAUAGCGUCAGACAUUAUGCAGGGGACAUGGUUUAGGAUAGAUUCCUCUGCUGUGCUUACCCUCACGCAUGUAGGGACACGACCCGGAGAUAGCCUUGCUGAUGUAUUUUUCGCAUUUGCCUUUGCGGCUUAUCUCCGCGCGUCAGACGUUGCUCUUACGGAACGCGGGUUAGCCACAGCAACACCCGCUCUUUGCUCCACCCCUCCAUGGGGCAAGGAACCCGUACCCUCUAGCCUAGGUGCCGGGGCCUGGGCAGAUGACUUUGUGCACUUUCACGAACAGGCUGACAAUGCUGGCCUGGUACCCCAACUAGUGCGGAUAGUCACGGUUUAUGUGGAAAGGGCGGAUACCAUAGGCAUGCAGUUGACCUUUGCCAGGGAGAAGACUGCCGCCAUGCUGCAGCUUGAGGAGGUCCCCGAGCCAGAUCGCUCUCUCAUACAGCAUGGACCCGGAGGACCUUUCCUGAUGGGGCAUAGCGCGGCCUAUGUCGCGUUAUGGCGGGUGCUGCUGCGGCGACAGCCGCAUGAAAAGACACCACACGCCUACACGGUUCUCCUACGUGCCGCAGCCCCCUCCCCUCCACUUGCCCUGGCUUUGGCCCGAGCAGCGCUGCUACGCCAGAUUGUUGGCCAUGGCCCGCCAACUCUGCGUCAGCUCUUGUGGAAGCAGUGGGAAGUUGAGGCUGACUCUUCCUGGCUUGGCCAGAUCGUUAAGGACAUCCGACACGUCGCACAGUAUAAUCCUGUUGCUGAGGUCCUCCUUUCCACUGGCCGUCCACUUCACGUGCUGCUUGAGAAACUGCAGGAGCAACCCACCUGGUGGACCAAAGUCCUUAAAGGGGCAGCUGCCAAAUGGCACCAAGAUCUGGAACACUGGGAGCAGGCCAGAUCCGCGGAGACUGCCGCUUCAGGUGAAGCUGCAGACCAGAUCGACGCCCCCCCGCCUGCCUUGCCCUUCUCUUGCCACCUCUGUCAAGCUGCCUUCCCUUUGCGUAAGCAUUUGUGGGUACACUACGCUCGAAAGCACAAUGUCAUUACACCCACGAGGGCUUUGGCACAUUCCGACACGUGUGUUGCCUGCCUUAGGCACUACAGCAAUGUGGAACGGCUGCAGUACCACCUGAAAAGCUCGCCAGCCUGUCUGCUCCGCACCGUCUGGCUUCUUGCUCCGCUGACCCCCCAGGAGUUGGCUGAUGUAGAACACCUACAUAAGGCAAGGCGUAAAGCUGUCAGUCACGGCCAGUGGCAGAAGUUUUCUUGCAUAACUAAGCCGCUCCAAACCCUUGGUCCUGCACAGCUGACAGCAGCAGAAAGAGUGGCAGUUGAAGGUGAAGACAUCUCGCUUCUCACCCUCGCCAAGCUUUUCCAUCCCGAUCCAGCGUAUGUUCGCUUUGUACAGGAAUACGUCGAUGCGAGGUCCGUAGAAGGCGAACGGACUACCGCAGGAUGGCCUUCCAUCCGCCAUGAGCUGAGCUCCGUCCUGGACAACUCGGCGGAUUUCUUCCGGCAGAUCUCCGUGCGGAGGCACUUCAAGUGGCUGCUGGCCUGGUUCUCCUCCACUGCACACACCAACAUUUGGCUCAGCGGAUGCCCACUAGGUGUGCUGACACUGCGACUGUUUACGGUUCUCAUCUCCAACGAUGCUGAUCGCUGCAUUCAGAUGCGCGAUGCCCGGAUGGGCCUGGACCUCAUCCACGUGCCCUUGGGCGAUGUCGUCGAUUCGGGCUGGCCUGCUUUUCGUAUCCUGGGCUUGCUUGCAGAGGAGCAGCGCCGGAUCAGCUAUCCCCUCGACAGUGCGUGUGACAACUUGGACUCUUCCACAGGAAGGGCCUUCCGAUCACAGCUGGCAGCCGCGCUGGCUGCUCGGAGCAGGCUCCCUCUUGAAGAGGCAACGGCCUACUUGCGCGAGCCUCCACCCAGAUGUGUUCUGGGUGAUGCUGCGGCCUAUUUCGCCUUGGCAGCUUCGCAUGAUGCUUCGGCGCCACAGCAUCGCCAGCUGCUGGAGAAAGGACAGGAAGUUCUGCUCCAAUGGACACCGCUCCGGCGUUCUCUGUAUGACAUUUUGACCACUCGCUGGCCAGUGUGGAGGGCGUUGGAGCGAACUUCCAUCCGCCCCGAUGCAUCGCUACCCUACACCCGACCCAGAACGCCUGAAGACGUGGACGUGGUCUUCUGCGGCCACGGCUGGCCCGGCGUGGCCUCGGAGCUUCGGGCGCUCUCCGGGCCUCUCGGAUGGCGCGUGCACGCCCUGCGCGCCGACCCGGCGGCUUGCCCGGACUUCUUCCGGGAAGUGGGCGCCUCCCUGCUCGGCACAUCGAUGCUGAUCCUGCUCUCACCGCUCCUCUGGAGCAGCCUACCCACGGCAUUCGAAGCCUUGGUUGCCGCAACGAGAGCCCUGAAAACCCCCAGCGAGUUUCAGACUUUCAAGGAAGCACCGCUGGAGGCAGACAUCACUGGGUUCCCCACCUUGGACACAUCCAUGCUCUGGACUUUUGCGGUCUACGAGCUGACUCUCCAGCACUGGACGUUGCGUUACAAGCCCUUCCCGACAGGCUACGCCGAGACAGCGGGCGAUCGCUGCUUCCGCGCUGGCGCGACAUCGGGCAGUCGUGUGUUCCGGUCCGUCGAACUGUGGCGACAGCUCGUCCAACCGCUAAGGGCCGAUCUUGCUGGAGGUACGGGAGAAGACCUGUCCUGGAUGGUGGAGCUUGAUCUGCAGGCAAAGCAGCGGGGCCUGCGAACGUAUAUGUGCAUGACACCGCCGCUGCCAGAAGGCCCCUACCUGCAUGCGGCGACGCUGACGGCCAGCUUGGCUAGAAAGUAUCAAAUCGAGACCGCCGACUUCGCUCCCUCGAACGUGCAGCGCCUUUGUCUCGGCUUGGCUGGCGAAUCGUCGCAAGGCCCAUCGCCCUGCUUGAUGGAGGAAGCAUCGACUGCCUUGACGGUGAUCUCGCGAAGAGACGAAGGUACUGUGAGGCUCCGGCAGGUGUCUGCGCCUUUGCUGCUGAGUGGUGGCAGGUCGGUGCUGACCCAGCAGUCACGCGAGGUCGUGCCACUGGAGCUCUGCCUACCCGACCAAGGUUGUGAACACAUCCUUGACUCCCACGCUUGGCUGGAGACGCCCACGUUGUCUGCCUCUACGGAGCCACAUGGAUGCGAUGUCCGUUCUGUUCAGCGGGGGUUGCUUCUUCUGGCCUGGCGAAGGUGUGAGGCUUCGGCCACGGUCCCACUGCGGCUGCACGGCUUUCCGCGGCCGGUGGAGUUGGCACUCCCAGGAGCCGACCAGGUUCCAGGUCUGGAUGUGGCACCAGCGCCAGCGCAUGUCCUGGCCUGCCGGGCUAGCGAAGCGCUGCGUCACCAGCUGCGGCAGUUUGGGCAGUCGAUGGCAUGGGAUCUCCGGCUGUCCAUGGUGGACGGAGCCCGAGCUGAAGGCCUGGCUUGCCUGCAGUUUCUGAAAAGGACCCUGGGAGAAGCCAACCCCGACAUGCCGGCGAUCUUUCUUUCACCGCUGCUGAAGCCGGAGGAGUGGAACGAGAGAGCAUCGAAGGCCCUCCUGAAAGCCGUCUUGUGGCUUCAGACGCACCCUGCUGCCACAGGCCGAGUUGUUGUGGGUUUCGCGACAACGGACGACGUUUGGCAAUGGCGCGUGAGGCGCAUCCGGCACCAAUACUGGAAGCUGGUCUACUCAUCUGUGGAUGCGGCAGCUGCUGAGAAAGGAUUCUUCGGGGAGUCCUGCGCGCGGGGUUCCAGUGCAUCAGCGAGCAGAGUUUUCGGCACUGCUGGGUCGCUCAGGUCCCUCCUGUCCUUCGUCGAUGCAGACCCGGAGAACGAAUGGAACUGGCUCGUUGACCUUGACGUCCAGCUGCAAAACGCUGGACUCGAGGUGCUGGCCUGUGCCUCCUGGGCAAUGCCCGAACAGGACUACCUGACCCGGGCCACGCUCUCUCGGCACCUGGCAGAGAAGCACCAGGUGGAGAUGGCAGAAUUUCUGGAGGGCAAUCGCCACGUCCACUGCCUCCCUGGAUCAAACUGGUUCCAGGUGGCUCAAAAGGGCCUUGUGGCACCCUGGUGCUUCCGAAGGGAUGUUAUGCAGGCAUUUCGCCGGGUGAGCCGAUGGUGGACCUCCUUGGAUCCACGGAACUUUGUUGUACCCGAGGAGGGGACAUUCCUCGCGCUCUUCCGGAAUGGAGCAGCUGGGAUUAUGCCCUGGGACUCGGACUUCGAUGUCAAGCUCUACACUGAAGCGGACAUCACCAUGGAAGGCUUCAUGAACCGGACGCAGGAGCCUGCGUUUCAAUCAAUCGGGAUAGAAGCCUUUGCGUACGACGGCUGUGGCCAGGACAACUACGUCCUCUUGCGGCAGGCGAACAUUGUACACCACAUCGGUGACGCAUACGUGCGCUGUGGACGGCCGAGGCAGGAGCAUCCCUGGAGAGCGUGGCUUUUUGGGACGGAGGUGAGCAUUGGUCCAGACCACUUGCAGCACAUCUUCUUCACACGAUACAAGACGCCCGUCCAGAAGCUCUUUGGAGAUGGCAUCCCACUGCAGUGUUUCCACACGGGGCAUAACGCCUGCAUGCCAGACUGCACCAACACCUCCGCGCCCUGCGAAUUCCCGGACACCUUCGUACAUGUAGACUGA